AUUUAAAGUCAACAGUAGUACAGGUGUGAUCACAGUUGGGAACAACACAGCGAUUGAUAGAGAGAGACGUCCCAUUUAUUAUGUGACCCUUCAAGCAACCGAUGGUGAGAAUCGUACAGAUACUACUAUGAUUGAAAUUGUUCUGGAAGAUAUAAAUGAUUUCUCUCCGGAAAUAGCAAGAGAUUCCUACAGUGCAUUCAUCACAGAAGACAAAAUAAACAAAUUAAACAUUAAAAUUGAGGCUUUUGACAAUGAUGAGGAAGGUACCAAUAACAGCAAAGUGCGUUAUGCAAUAAUUGGUGGUGACUACCAACAAAAUGUCACUAUUGAUUCUUACACUGGCAUUCUUAAUUCGAUUGGAGUUAUUGAUCGAGAAGACAUAAACCCUUCAUGUAAUGGAAAAAUCACUCUAAUUGUGGAAGCUCGUGAUUUAGGUGUUCCAUCUCUUUCAACAAAUGUUAGCGUUGUUAUCAAUAUAGAGGUAAGGUUUUGAACUUGGGUCUUUACACAACAUAGUAAUGUUAGAAAUAAGACCAGAAGUAAUUCAAUAUCCGAGUUAUUCAAUAUUACUCUUCUGUUCCAAUUUUAUAUAAUACUCAUUCCUUCAAUGUUUUUUAUUGGAACCUUAAAAAUGUCCAGUGGGCUCUUGAAAAAGAUUUUAUUUAGUUAAUGAUCAUAUCAUAUUCAUGUUGAUAUCAAGUAUUUAUAUUGAUAUAAAGCUUUUGGGAAUGUUUUUGACAGCAAAGGAUUGUUUAGAAGAUGUGUGGCCAAAAUUUACCCCUUAAUCAAUAUUAACCAUGAAAGUAUACAGUUAUCAUCAGACUGUAGAUUAUGGAAGCUUGGUCUCAAUCUUUCUGUGAUUUGGUAACUACAUUUGAAAAGCAUUUUUCCAUCUCCAGAGUAUCUUAAGUCAUCCUGAGAUGUGAAAGGUCAUUCUUAAAACAUAGGUUUUUCUUUAUUCGUUUUAACAUUUUUCCACUCUCUUGCACUCCCAGUUUUAAAGAAGUACUUGGCUUGCAGAAACAUUUAAUUCAAUGUGAACAAAAUGAAGAAGGGAUGAUAGUUGACACUAAGUGGACUGUGAUUGAUUAUAUUUGUUCAACGGUAAAUUGGUGCCAUUAUUAAAAGUGAAUAUGAGCACAAAUUCAAAUGUAGGUAUGAGAGAGAAUGUUACGUUAAUUUUAAUUUUAAAUUGGAUUUAGUCGUUCAAUAAUUAAAUGAUAUUAAAUAUUGAAUUAUUAACAUUAAAUAACUGAUGAUGGCUCUUUUUGUUUUAAUUGGGGUGGGUUUGGGGCAUGCAUCCUACCCUUCUGCGGAAGGCAUUUUGGCUGUUUAAUUAUUAUAAAACCUCAAAACUGAGCAUAAUUUUAAGGGUUUAACAACUAAAGAGAGGACUGUGGGACCUAGGUGAUCAUUGCUAGAUCUAGUUUACCAACUUCACACAGGUUCUAUAAUAAGUUCUUAAGUUCAUAAGUUCUAAGAGCAGAAUUAGGCCAUUUGGACGAUCAAGACUACGUCAUUCUAUCAUGAUUGAUCUAUCUCUCCCUCUCAACUCCAUUCUCCUGCCAUCGCCCCAUAACGUCUGAUAUCCGUACUAAUCAAGAAUCUGCCAAUCUCUGUCUUAAAAUUUGACCUGCUAUUUCCGGCAGAUUAUUUAAGUCUUCCUUUGUGAAGACAGAACCAAAGUAGUUAUUCAAUUGGUCUGCCAUGUCCUUG